AUGCUAAAUAGCAAGAUUAUCGCUCGAAAUAAAAUAGACUUUCGAGAGGCUCAUGCGUAUAAUGCGCUGUUAAGUUACAAGCGAGCAGACAAGAGGAGGUUCAGGAGCUAUGGUUUGAGCACCCCCGCCAUUUUAGCCCUUGCUGACGGUACUGUUUUUAAAGGUACAUCGAUCGGCGCUACGGGAAGUACGACUGGUGAAGUCGUUUUUAACACUGCCAUGACUGGUUAUCAAGAAAUUUUGACCGACCCUAGUUAUGCACAGCAACUUGUAACUUUAACUUAUCCUCAUAUCGGUAAUACUGGUUGUAAUGAAGAAGAUGCUGAAUCAGGUCGAAUUCAUAAAGUUUGGGCGAAUGGUUUAAUCAUUCGUGACCUACCGUUAUUACACAGCAAUUUCCGAGCUACUCAGUCUCUUGGCGAAUAUUUACAACAACAUAAUGUCGUUGCCAUUGCAGAUAUCGAUACUCGUAAAUUGACACGUAUUUUACGUGACAAAGGCGCACAAAACGGAUGCAUUCUUGCCGGCGAUAAUAUUACUGAAGAAGAAGCUAUUGCAAAAGCACGUGCCUUUGGUGGUCUAGAUGGUUUAGACCUUGCGAAAGAAUGUUGUGACCCAGAAGGUUUUGAAUGGACCGAAGGCUCAUGGACAUUGGGCCAAGGCUUUUCUCAACCAGAAGUAAAAUUUCAUGUUGUUGCAUACGAUUACGGUGUCAAAACCAACAUCUUACGUAUGCUUGCAGACCGUGGGUGUAAAUUAACUGUUGUUCCUGCACAAACAUCUGCUGAAAAAGUAUUGGCGUUAAAUCCAGAUGGCGUAUUUUUGUCAAAUGGACCUGGCGAUCCAGCAGCAUGUGAUUAUGCAAUUGCAGCAGUAAAAACCAUUGUUGAAACAACAAACCUACCUGUUUUCGGUAUUUGUUUGGGUCAUCAAAUUCUAGCUUUAGCUUCUGGCGCUAGAACUGUGAAAAUGCCACAUGGUCACCACGGUGCAAACCAUCCUGUACAGAACCUUGAAAAUGGUACAGUGAUGAUUACUUCUCAAAACCAUGGCUUCGCAGUAGACGCAGAAACCUUACCUGCAAACCUCAAAGCUACGCAUAAAUCUUUGUUCGAUCAAACCUUACAAGGUAUUCAUCGUACAGAUAAACCUGCGUUUAGCUUCCAAGGUCACCCUGAAGCAAGCCCUGGUCCACAUGACUGUGCCCCAUUGUUCGAUCAUUUCAUCGAACUUAUUGAAGCAUCUAAGAAGUAA